AUGUCCGCGUGUGUGGUGGAAGAAGGCAGGGAGGAGGGUGGCGGCGCGAGCGCAGAGCCCGGCUCGAGCUUCGAACGCGACGAGGUGCCUGAACGGCCCGCGCGUAAGGAGGUAUUGUUGAGUGCGAGAGGACGACGCGCCUGUUCCGAACAGGGACCUCAUCCUACAUUAAAUUUUCAACACGGAACUUCGCACCUGUGGGGAGCAAACAACAGUCGACGUGGUUGGAGCCGCAAGCGUACAUCGGCUCCACAAAUGAGCAACGUGCACGGUUCCAUGCCCCGGGUGGCACUUGUACUGCGUUCGCGACGCAGCUGGCCCGUCGCUCCACAGUCAUGUCGCAGGUAA